CCUGCAGAGUGGUAUAAACGCCUGACGAAAUAUCUCACAUUGCAGGAGUGCGAAAUUGAAUUGCGGGCGAAGAUGAAGGCCGGCGUUGAGCCGCUGGGCGACGUCCUUCCCAAUCUCUUCGCAAGGCUCAGUGUCUUGUACGACGUGACGCAUGAACAGGAUCUGAAGCCGGGCCGCAAAGAGGUAAUGGCCGAGCUCUGCAACUGA